GCAUGUGUUAAACAAGCGUUAAUAUCAUGUAAUGUGGAAACAAACUCAUUUAUCGAUAUUACUUAAUAAAAGGAAUGUUUAUCUCUUACUUUGUAUAUCUCACUGAGUGUCGACAUGUUUGUGUGACAUCAUGUCCCUUCAUCUUGGCGAAAUUGGAGUUGAGAAUUUCUGCACGAGCCUACAAAUUGUAAUUCUUACUUCAAGACGCAUUCCAUUGCACUUUUCCUAGUAGGAAUUUGUAAAAUCCGACUUUCCAAGUUGAAUGGAAUACAGCACUACUUUUCAAAACUUGAUCUGACACUGAAUGCUCAAGCAGCCUAAUUUACACUUAGAAAACUCCUGAUGUUUCUAUAACUAUGCAAAAAGCACUUACCAAUUUACUUGAAGUGAAAAUCAGCCCUCCUUUCCUGUUUAAUAAAUUAAGCAAUCACACAUGCAGAACAUCUCGUGUUUUUAAAUCCAUAAGAAUCUCUUUCUCAAUAGUGAUGACAGCCGACCCGUCAGGCAGCUUGAUCUUACACUUUUCGCUCUUGAAUUACUUACGUCACUUAAAGCGUGAUUGCGUCACUCAAGGCCAGCUAGAAGGCCUCGACUGGGACAUAUCCUAAAGAUCACACCCACCAAGAACAAAUAAAUCAAUCUGACUGGCUGAUGAAUCUGACAAUCUGAUUUUAGAUGCUCAUUCAUUUGCAGUGUUGAGGGAUUCUGUGGAAAUUCUGAAGGCCUGAGGGGGUGGAGCUCAAACUCACGCGCUGCUUCAGCUAACGAGCUCUGCUUUGGGCAUGUGAUUUAUGAAAUAGCUGUCACACUUUGCUUGUAAGCAUCAAGGAAUAAAUUCUGACUGGAUAAACUUUUUUUUUUUCUCUCUAUUUGUUUAAUUAAGAGUGGAAAGCAAUUAAAAAUACAUAGGCAAAAAGGGAAUGAAAGGAUGAAAAAUAUUUAUUUAUUUAUUUGGCUUGUUAGGCCAGCAGAGAAGGCUUUGCUGCCCCUGAUAAAUCACCACUGAUUACGAUUAGCUUAUUAUGCUGCGAUGAAGUAUUUGGUUAAUAUCUAGACUGGAUGCAGUGCUCCACAAUUAUUAAUUACAAACAGCUUUUACAGAAAGUAAUGUCGUUUCUGAAAGCUUGUUCACCUACCCUCCAGCUAAAAAUUGGAUGCAAUGUGUGUUAAUCAAUUAAAAUCACUAGUAUUGUUUCAUGGCAUUACUCUAGUAUUGAUUAUUAUUGAUCAGCUGAUCAGUAUAAUUUGUUAUGGUCAUUUUUAAAUGAUUAAACUUUAAUAAAAAGGUUUCAACCUUUUAUUUCUAUGAAAAGAGUUCUGUUGAGAUCUCGUUAACAGGAAUAGCUCAUGUUGUUGACAUUUCAAAAUGUUCCUUGAAGUUUGUUUGUUAUUAUUUAACUCUCACAUAUUGCACAUGUUCUUAAAAAUAAAUGCACCGAAUGUAAAUAUGAUCUCCCGUUAUAAUCUUGUAAUUUCAUACCAGUGUAAAGGUAAGGUUUAUUGUGUUCUUUAUGUUCGAAUGAAUCUGUGUAACAUCAGGUUCCAUCUUAGUGUAAUUUCAGUAGCAACAAUGUCAAGAAAAAUGAAAAUAAAAAUGUGUGUCUUGGCAGCUCCCUAUGGCUUAAUGUUGCUGUGGCAUGUACAGAGUUCACUUAAUGUUUAACAGCUUUUACCCUAUGUUUCAAGGGUAUGCUUUUUUGUGAUUAACAUUUUUAUUGAUUCCCACAGAAGACACGAAAAGCAAAACAUAUAUACAUGAAAUCAACAUUUAACAUUUAAUCCCCACCACUACCCCUCCCCCUCCCAAUCCUCAACCCCACCCCGACCCCCAACAAACACCCCCGUGGUCACAUGAGCAUAUUCACACAAAUAAAUAAAUAAAUAAAUAAAAUAUAAUAAUCACACACAUCUACAUCUAAACCUCUCUUUCUGCUACCUCUCCCCGAGAGCCCUCCACGCCGACCACUUGCCCCAUUUCCCAACAAACAAAUCCAAAUUACCCAGUCUAUUCAAUAUCAUUUCUUCAUAUGCUGCCACCCUCCCCGUCUCCAUGCUCCACACCUGAAAUGGGGUCAUUCCAGCCGACUUCCAUCCCCUCAAAACAAUCUGUCUGACAACCAUCACACUGGUCAGGACCCAGUUCUGUAAGUUUUUAUUGCCCACAUCGAUGACCUCCCCAUCGCCCAAAACACAGAGUCUGGGACAAAACGAAAUCUGAGUGCCCAACACGUCAUACACAACACUCUGAACCUUUAUCCAAAACCCCUGGAUCUCAACACACUACCAAAAAACAUGGGCCGUGUCUCCAUCCUCCGACUGGCAUCACAAGCAGCUGGGCCCAAGCAGUUUUAUCUCCUGAGCUAAACGUCCUGGUUAAGAACCGGUUAUACUCUCCUUGCUUUCUCCAUCCCAGCCCUCUUUUCCAGGCUUUCUAUCCCCUCAUGGGCGCGAUAUCAGCCAGAGCAAGAGGACCACCAUCUCAGCCCACUUCUCAGCCCUAACAGCAGUCUUCACCAUGGAGAUGAAACAACCAGUGAUGAUGGAUCGAGAAGAUGAGAGCAAGCAGGAGAAACAACAGAAGUCGCAAGAGAACGGUAGGCUGGUUGCGGACAGUGUUGCGGACAAGGGUCAGAAAACAGGCUCAGGGCCUGGGCAGGUCUCCAAUGGCUACCCCAGCACAUCUCUACAAAGUCCCAGGGAGGUCACCGGUGCUGGGACAGAUAGGGGAAGCAACCCUGGAACGUUCAGAACUCUGGUGGUCCAGCAGACCAGUCUGGAUCCGCCAAGGGAGACCUGGAGCAAAAAGAUGGAUUUCCUGCUCUCUGUCAUCGGGUAUGCAGUGGACCUGGGAAAUGUGUGGCGCUUCCCCUACAUCUGCUACCAAAAUGGUGGCGGUGCUUUUCUCCUGCCGUACCUGCUGAUGGCUGUGUUUGGUGGCGUGCCUCUGUUUUACAUGGAGCUGGCGCUGGGCCAGUUUCACCGCAGCGGGUGUAUCUCCAUCUGGAAACACAUCUGCCCCAUCUUCAAGGGUAUAGGCUUUGCUAUCUGCAUCAUUGCACUCUACAUUGCCUUCUACUACAAUACCAUAAUGGCCUGGGCUCUCUACUACCUCCUGUCCUCCUUCCGCGCCACGCUUCCCUGGACCACCUGCAACAACCAGUGGAACACUCCUAAUUGCACCCACUACCUGUCCACCGACUUGAAUGUCUCCUGGACCGACAGUUCCAUCUCUCCUGCUGAGGAGUUCUAUAUACGACAGGUGUUGCAGGUACAUCUGUCCCCUGGUCUUCAUCAGCUGGGCUGGGUGAGCUGGCAGCUGGCCCUCUGUCUGCUCUUCAUCUUUACUGUUGUCUACUUCAGCAUCUGGAAGGGGGUCAAGACCUCCGGCAAGGUAGUGUGGGUGACGGCUACCUUUCCGUACCUGGUAUUGUUUAUCCUGUUAAUAAGAGGAGCCACGCUACCCGGAGCAUGGAGAGGAGUGGUCUUCUACCUAAAACCUGAUUGGAGCAAACUUCUCACCACCUCAGUUUGGCUUGAUGCAGCUGCACAGAUCUUCUUCUCUCUGGGUCCAGGCUUUGGUGUUCUCCUGGCCUUUGCUAGCUACAAUCCCUUUCAUAACAACUGCUACAAAGAUGCAUUGAUCACAAGUUCGGUUAACUGUUUGACCAGUUUCCUGUCAGGCUUCGUGAUCUUCACAGUGCUGGGCUACAUGGCUGAGAUGCGCCAGCAAGGGGUGGAAACUGUAGCUAAGGAUGCUGGUCCCAGUCUGCUCUUCAUCAUCUAUGCUGAGGCUAUUGCCAACAUGCCAGCUGCCACAUUCUUCGCCAUCAUAUUCUUUCUCAUGAUAAUUAUGCUGGGACUGGACAGCACGUUUGCUGGUCUGGAAGGGGUAAUUACGGCCAUGUUGGAUGAGUUCCCCCACCUGUUGGCCAGGAGGAGAGAGUGGUUUGUGCUGGGUCUGGUGUGUGUCUGUUAUUUGGGCGCCCUCACUACUCUUACUUACGGAGGUGCGUUUGUGGUUAAACUAUUUGAGGAGUACGCCACGGGCCCUGCUGUUAUCACUGUAGUCUUUCUCGAAGUCAUUGCUGUUUCCUGGUUCUAUGGGACGACACGUUUCUGCAAUGACGUGCACCUGAUGCUUGGCUUUUCCCCCGGUGUGUUUUGGAGGGUCUGCUGGAUAGCCAUCUGUCCUUGUUUCCUACUGUUCAUUAUUGGGAGUUUCCUGGCCUUCCCUCCAGAGGUAAGGCUGUUUGGCUACCUGUACCCAUUCUGGACCACGGUACUGGGCUACUGUAUUGGGGUUUCCUCCUUCAUCUGUGUGCCUUCCUACAUGGUCUACUAUCUGCUCACCACCAAAGGGACCUUAAAACAGCGCCUGCUAAAGAGCAUCACUCCUGAGGCUUCCGGUUCCAGCGGCUCUCACAUAGACACAAUUGUCGUCACCAAUGUCGUGUGACAUUAAGGCAUUUCACCCUCUGCUGGACAUAGAGCACAAAUUGAGGGGACCCGUGGCCCCUGUAAGGGCCCCAGCUGACCUCCCUUCACCUCAUCCCAGAGGAGUCUGCUGCCUGUACUGUGUGAUGGUGGGGCCAGGCCUCUGAUUACAGCAAUUGUUUUAUUUUAAUUCAUGCCAUACCACUGUCAUCGCUCAUGAUGAGUUACUGAUUUGGGGGGACCAAAUGUCAAAUUUAGUCAGUCACAUGUAUUUGAUUUUGCACAGGAGUGUUUGUGUGUGCAUGAGCGAGUGUGUGUGUAUGUGUGUGUGUGUCCACCAGGCCUCUAAAUGGAGCAUAUAUUAAGGUGAGUGUUUAGCCUACAUUUGGUAGGUAUGUUUCAACUGUAAGGCAUAUAGUAAAAAUAUGUAUUUAUUUGUGGAACAAUUGUGGUAUUCCAUUCAUAUAAUGCUUAUUUUGAUUAUUUAUGACUCUUUGUCUCUCUUUGUCUGCCUACACAGUUACCAUUUACUUGUAGUAUUUACAAGGAUGUAACCAAAUAUUCAGGAUUUGGGGGGACCAAAUGUCAAAUUUUAAGAAUCGUAACUGAAAAACCAAUAUUGAUCGACCACUAAGCUGAACGUUGGGUAAUAGUGACCCCCUCAUGUCUGGUUACGGUCCUGAGCAUUUAUUUACAUACUACUUUAUGUGAGUUACACAAUGUAGCAGAAACCAAAUACUAAUGUGCUUGUUAUAAAUGCUUCAGCCAUUAUCCUCAAUAUGUUUUUUGCCUGAGAAAAAAGGUGUGACUGGACAUCAUAGUAUGUAUACAUGUAUUUUGUAAGUGUUGCUAUUCUUGUGGUCUGGCAUUCUGUGAUGACUCGUUGAAUAUGUAGAGUGGGCAAAUACGAGAACAUCGAUUACUCUGUCGAACUGACACGUGUGAGCUGUAAAUUGAGGUAGAAGUAAAAUGCCAUGGUCAGUUCUGUCAGUGUGUGUGUGCAUGCCGUAGUCUAUAUUGUGCGUCUGUGUGUGUGUGAGUGUGUGCUUCAUUCCAGUGCUGAUCUUUCCCUCUUCUUUCUCAUCAGAAUUUACUAUUCUGUCUAUGAAUAGUAUUGAGAAUCUAUUGUACUUUUUAAAGUCCAACUUUGAUCUAUGUACGUCCACAAGACUGUUAAGAGAAACCAUGUAUAGGACAAAGACAUAUAUGAAAUAUUAGAGAUAUAAAAUAAAAGUAUAUGGAUUAAUAAUGAUUGUGUUUAUA